AUGGAAUAUUAUGAAUGGAAGAAUAAAGUUUCACUAGAACAUAGUGAAGAAAUAAAAGAAGAGAUAAAUAAAUUGAAUUCUAUUUAUAAUGAAUUUUUGAAAAGUCUUUUUUUAAGCGGAAUUAAUUAUAUAAUAUCAGUAAACCUUAUUAAUAUCCUAUACAAUGAUUAUGCCAGUACGUCUGCAAUUGCAACAUCUGAUCGUGUGAUUGUUGGUGUAAAACAAGAAGAAUUUGGAAAACAAGAUGAAAACGAUGCUGAUUUUAACCACAAUAAGAUAAAAAUAUUAUUUAAGUCUGUUGUUAGCGCAAUUAAUAAAACAAUGGCUUUAAACAAAGCUAAAAAGUCUUUAAUUUCAUUUUCUGGACUUAAGAAAGAUUUAGGAGAAAUUUUUGUUGAUUUAGAAGGAGGAAAAUCACUAGAUUUAUUUAAAAACGACGUAGAAAUCAAAUCAUUGGCAUUGAAAUUUCUGCGUCUAACAAAGUUAAAUAUCACAAUAUCAUGUUGUAAAAAUUUAUCUUUGUUAUUGGAAGAUUUAAUGAGUGACAAUUCUAUUAAAUACUAUGUAACUACUGGAAAAGACUAUGUCGCUUCAAUAAUUAAUUAUAAUGAUGAAUAA